AUGCGGAAGACCGCCGGAACAUCCGGUUAGACACUUCAUUUCAAACUUGUUUCGUUUCACGUGCCACAGGGCAACCUUCUUGGGAAUGAGUGGGGCGUGGCCUCCCACGCUGUAUCCACUUCUCCUCGAUACGUCCGCUGCCCGGUGCUGACGGAGGCGUCUCCCGUGGUGCCGCUCGCCCGCUACAAACUACAAACCCCAUCAUGGCGGCCGCCACAAGGCUCAUGUCAAGGUUGGCUCUGGUCACGGGUGGAGGCAGUGGGAUUGGACGGGCGGUGUGUCAGCGCCUCGCCUCUGAGGGCGCUUCCGUGGUGGUUGCUGACAUCAGCCAGGAAUCGGCCAGCGAGACCCUCGGGAGGCUGCCGGGUGACCUCAGAGGACAGGGUCACAUGGCGGCAGUGGUGGACGUGUCGUCAAAGGAGAGCGUGAAGAAGCUGCUCACGAGGAUACAGACUCACUACUUCCAGCCUCCUUCACUGUGUGUGAACGCAGCAGGCAUCACCCAGGACGACUUCCUGCUCAACAUGGCGGAGGACCAGUUUGACAGAGUCCUCCAGGUCAACCUGAAGGGUUCCUUCCUGGUCCUUCAGGCUGUGGCUCAGGCUCUGGUGGCCUGUGGAGCACCCAAAGGAUCCAUCGUUACCGUGGGCAGCAUCGUGGGAAAGGUGGGAAACAUCGGUCAGGCCAACUACGGCGCCUCUAAAGCCGGAGUGGAGGGUCUAACCAGGACGGCUGCCAAAGAGCUCAGCAGGUUUGGGAUUCGGUGUAAUUGUGUGCUGCCAGGUUUCAUAUCGACUCCCAUGACGGAUAAAGUUCCAGAGAAGGUUAUGAGCAAGAUGAAGUCCUUGGUGCCUCUGGGGAGGAUGGGUGAGCCUGCAGAGGUCGCCGACGUCUGUGCCUUUCUGGUCUCGGAUGACUCUCGGUACAUCACAGGAGCCAGCGUGGAAGUGACGGGUGGACUUUUCAUGGGAUGACUGGUGUGGACCAGUGGGAGGCCUGUUCCUUCAUUGAUUUGUUUAUUAUUACAUUUGAUUGUGUUUUAUGAACGGGGCUGUCAACAUGUACGACACAGUGUAAAGCCACUUUUGUGCCAAUAAACACCCGUUUGUAAUAUUUCUGUACAGAAUGGAAUAUUUUAACUUGUAAGCUCGUAAUUAAAACUACUUUACUUCA